AUGGCUACGGAGGAGAAACAGACCACGAUAAGGCCAAGAAAGAAGAGAAAGACCUACAGUUGCGAGUUAUGCCGAAAGUUCAAGACAAGAUGCGACUUCGAGCCAUCAGAAGGAAAAUGUUACAGAUGCCGGAUGUUAAAUCUCGACUGUUCUUUAACAAACGACCCUGAGCUCAAUAUAAAGUUCCCACAGGUAGCGGCUAAUGAAUCUUCGAAUAAUCGCACCGAACAACUUGAGGCUCAUGUACGUGAUAUGGACAGAAAGAUGGACAUUAUUUUGUCCAAAUUAGGCGAAGUGACCUCACUUUUGAACAUGAAUAACUCCGCCACUCGUGAGAAUACCGUCGAUCAUUCUUUCAAUACAGCAUAUAUCUCUACCACAAAUGGUCUUAAGUUACAAGAACCACCAUUACAAUUAAUACAAGAUAUUGAUACUAGGUUGUUCCCGCACCAAGAUAAUUCAGAAUCUGCUAACCUAGAAAAAGCGAAGAGGCCAUACGUUGUGGCAAGAUUAGCAUUUUGGGAUUAUUUCAAGGAGCAUGAGAAUGUCUGUUUAGAGUUAUCCCACCAAUUUUUAAUGAAGUCACAUUUCUGGAUAAUACCAGGAGGUAUCAAAUCAAUUGAUAGGGAAUUUGUUGAAAAGCAUUGCUUCAUUACAAGUGUAUUUACCAUUAUUGCAAUGGGGUUUGAUGAGAAUGAUAAAUACGAGAAGGAACAAGAAGAACUGUACCCUUUGGUAGAACAUUUGCUAACAAAUACUUUAACUAUGUUUGAAAAACUAAUAGAUCAUGACAUCGAGGCGUUACUUUAUUGCUGCAUGUACAGGUUUACAAGGAAAUCGAAAAGGUAUAGGCAGCUUAGUUUCAAUCCGUUAGUUCUUUGUAACUUCGCAAUAAACAGCUUACUAAACAUUGUGGACUUUCAUAAGAUAAAAGAACGGGUAUUGCUUGAAGAGCAGUACAAUGGAAUAGACCUUUACCACUUGAGAAUACUCAACUCCCUAACUGCAUGUAAUCUUCAAUUUUCAAUCGGAUUUGGCACUUUUACCAACCAAGAUCCGUUUAUCAAAGAACUUAACAACCUUAUAGCUAAGUUUCCACAGUCUAAUUUUCGAGAUGACAUUAAGCUAAGUGAAAUAAAUCUUAGCGAUGUUGUCAAUGGUAUCUUCUUGAACUUUAAAAAUUAUUUUUGGAGCUUUUUCAAUAUUUUCAAGCAGGGCGGCAACAGAGACAGAAAUGAUGAUGCUAUCUUAGUGUUUCCAGAACUUGAUUACUGGUUGAAAAACUGGGAAGAGCUCUUAUCUAAAGAUAAUGGUGGUAUACUUUGGUUUUCUUAUGAUUUUUUCUACGUUAUGAUUUGUCGUUGUUUCAUCAUGGAGUUUUACCAGCAAACACUAGCACAAAAUACCCAGUUUCUGGAUUCAAUUCUACUGACAAUGAAACAAUAUUGCGUAUCCUUACUACAUGGGUUUUUGAAACUACCACCUUCACUGAUAAAAGGAGCUCCAAUAAUAACAACAAACCAAGUGGUUUAUGCAUGCUUAACCUUAUGCGAUUUUCUACAUAAGUUCAACGCUAAGGAAAGACAACAGACUUUGAACUUAUGUACGAAGAUUUAUUGGCACCUAAAUGCAAUUGGAGAGAAACGUAACGAGGCAACAGAAAAUGUUGCAGUAAUAAUCAAAUCUCUAAUAGACACUGGGAAAAAGAAAAUGUUUUCGUCUCCGGACUCAUCAAAUUCUAAAACUUCGCCUAAUGAAUUUGCAAGAGUUGAAGGUCUUCAACAAACCAGUGAGAUACCACAAACAUUCAGCAUUCCAGAUGUGAACCGUUUCAAUAGUUUCGAAGAUUUCUUCCAGGACUUUUUCGAAAACUUGCAACCGACUGCACAACAUCUGUUUUCGGAUAUAUGA